UCACUGUCAAGUCAUACACAGCUACCCUUUGCUAUCAUCGACUGCGCAUAGCAAUACCGUACAGAUUUACUCGUUUCUGUACAGUCCAACUAGCGAUUCAUUCUGCGUGCGCUCGACUAUACACUACGCGGCGGCGAACCAUGGCCGCGCCCGUUAAGCAAGAACCCGGAACUACAUCGUUCAUCAAACCAGACCCAGAUAGCAAGGAAGGCCUCCCAGGCGCAUUAUCCGAUGAUGAUCUCUAUGAAGAUGCAGGAGACUUGGACUUUACGCAGGCAGGACAGAAUGUGUGGUUGACGAGGAUACCGACGGAUUUGUGGAAAUACUGGUCGCAAUUGGAUGAUGAUGAGGAGAUUCAGAUUGGUACCGUCCGAGUAGAAGGCGAGCCUCAUGAUAUAAAAAGGAUCAGUCUACGAUUAAAUGAUGAUCCGAACAGCAAAGAUAUCCCGAAAGACUACAUUCUACAGCGACAGAAUGUGGAUCCCAAAAGCGGUUCAUUCGCCGUCCAGAAUAGCUAUAUUUUCAGCGAGAAAGAUUUACCUGGCCAUAAGAAUAAAGUUGAUGAGAUGUUUGGCGAGACGCGCUCUAUGCUCUACGAGUCGAUGAAACGGGAGGCGCGAAAGAAGGCGACCAAGAGGAAAUGGGAGCCUUAUGUGCGAAAGACAAUACCUAAGCAAACCGCACUUGUCGGAAAGGUCGCAGAUGAGUUUAACUGCAUGCCAGUCGAGAACGCAGAGUAUCAGCGCAUAUCUGAAGCCAAAGCCUUGAAAGCGCUUGAGCCAAGAGAAAAGGUUCGCCUUAUUGAUCUCAGACAACACAAGGGACCAAAUGUCAGAGAAGUUGCUGCUGGAACUGUUGGUGGAUUUGUGCAACAAGCCAAACCCGCCAAAGCUCGCACACAAGAGAAUAAAGCCACCCGUCGCGAGCGAAACGUACUUUUGGACGAGAUCUUUGGCCUAUUUCGCGAGUACUCUCACUGGAAAUUCGCAGAUAUCAAAGCCAGGACGAAUCAGCCUGAACAAUAUCUCAAAGAGACUUUGGAGAUGGUCGCUCAUCUCGUCAGGACUGGUGACUUUGCAAUGACGUGGGAACUCAAACCGGAAGCCAGAGAAGCGAAUUAUGCAAAUAUCAUUCUCGGGCAGGCCGGCGAGGAGAACGGUGCUAUCAAAAAUGAUCCGGAUGAGGAAAUGGGAGGUGACGAAGAUGAGGAUGUGCAGUUUGAGAAUGUCUGAUCAUUAUUUCUUGAAGUUUUCUUGAUGCAUGGAGGCGCUUUUGACUUUUGCGAUGGUGUUAUUUGCUAUUUAACUCUUGAGCCUGGCGAAGAAAGGCUCCUGUACAAUAUCCGAAACGGUCACUAUGAGCACCGUUCUAUCUUAAUCAUAUAGACCUUUCAAGUACAAUAUCAUAGUAGUCUUGAUCAAGUC